AUAGGUCGAUCGGACUCCAAACGUAGGUCUGAUAGGAAACGCCGGCGUAUAUUAAUGUUGGUGUUAGUGGUGGUCGUGUUUGCCGUGUGUUGGUUGUGUUUACUUAAGAGUUGGAUAACUGAACAAAUGAUCUCCAAAAAGGCCUUAAGUUACAACCCAUUCAUCUACUGUUGGCUGAACUCGACGUUCAGGACGGGCGCCAAGAAGUUCUUCUCGUAUCUGAUGCGCUGCGACCUGAGGCCAGUCGUGAGCAUAUCUGAUGAGCGGCGACGGUCGUCCAUCAAUGAUAACGAGACCCGUUUGGAUACAGUGGUCACCACAGCCACCACAACCCUUAAUAACAAGAAGCUGUCGAUUAUGUCGUUACAGGAGUCGCCCGAUAAUAUCAGUGCCAAUGCUGUCAACGUUGAUGUCGAGCACGACGUCUAUAAU